AACCUGCUGGCUGCCUGUCCACUGGAAAGUGAAGUGUCUCGGAGCUGUGGGUGUCGGACUUUCUCUGUUAUUUGUCUCUUCCUCUGUGGUUUCUGUCGCCUUCGAGGUCGUUUUGCUCUUCGCGAUUUAUCUACAGCGAGGCCGAAACCACCGUAGCCGACUUGGAGGAUGUUUUAAGAAAAGUUCCCUCGGCGGUUUUUUUGUUUCUUUAGGAACCGGUGGAAGGCGGACACCACCGGAGAUGGAUAAGCUAACCGAUAGCUCGCUCGUUAGCCGAGAAGCAUAGAUCACCAGAAUAGACUGGAGCUAACAUGCUAACAGCUGUCUAACUUAGCAUUUUGUCGGCUAACCGAGGGGGGGCUUUAAAUCCCCCGUAACGCCAGUAUUACCCUCUGCUUCGCCCCGGGCUUUGUUGCUUUUCCGCCGUGUUCAGUUUGUCAGAGGCCAGCGAAGUCAGGAAGACUCGGCUUCUGGUCCGACAAGGUGAACGGCGGCGCGGCAUUGUCGAGAAGCGGCGGCUAAGUGACCCCCCCCCCUCCUCCUCCUCCUCCUCCUCCUCCCACCAGCUCAGUCACCCAGACUGUGGACAUUAUGCUGUCUAACGCUCAGAACCAGCCACUGUUUCCGAACCCGGCGGGCCAGCAGAACCCCACGGGCCAGAUCCACGCCAGACCGCUGCAGAUCAAGAAGAACGCCAUCACAGACGAGUACAAGAUCACCGGCCAGGUGCUGGGGCUGGGCAUCAAUGGCAAGGUGGUGGAGAUCUUCGAGAAGAAGACCGGAGACAAAUACGCGCUGAAGAUGCUGCAGGAGUGUCCCAAGGCACGAAGAGAAGUCGAGCUUCACUGGAGGGCGUCGCUGUGUACCAAUAUUGUGCGCAUCAAUGAUGUUUAUGAGAACCUCUAUCAGGGCAAGAAGUGUCUGCUUAUUGUCAUGGAGUGCAUGGACGGCGGUGAGCUUUUCAGUCGAAUCCAGGACAGAGGAGACCAGGCCUUCACAGAGAAAGAGGCCUCUGAUAUAAUGCGGAGCAUAGGAGAGGCCAUCCAGUUCCUACAUGCAAUCAAUAUUGCGCACAGAGAUGUCAAGCCGGAGAAUUUACUGUAUUCUUCGAGGAGGCCCACAGCUCUCCUGAAACUCACAGACUUCGGCUUUGCCAAGGAGACAACCUCACAACACUGUUUAGAUACUCCCUGCUACACACCUUACUAUGUUGCUCCAGAGGUUCUUGGCCCAGAGAAGUAUGACAAGUCAUGCGACAUGUGGUCUUUGGGCGUCAUUAUGUAUAUUCUGUUGUGUGGCUACCCUCCUUUUUAUUCUAACCACGGUCUAGCCAUCUCUCCUGGGAUGAAGAAGAGGAUAAGAAUGGGCCAGUAUGAAUUUCCCAACCCUGAAUGGUCAGACGUGUCAAAAGAAGCUAAACAGCUGAUCAGCACCCUCCUAAAGACUCAGCCGACCGAGAGGAUGACCAUCACAGAGUUCAUGCAUCAUCCAUGGAUCAAUCAAUCAAUGGACGUUCCCCAGACUCCACUUCACACCAGCAGGGUUUUAAAGGAGGAGAGGGAUGCAUGGGAGGAAGUCAAGGAGGAAAUGACCAGCGCCCUGGCAACAAUGAGGGUCGACUACGAGCAAAUCAAAAUCAAGAAAAUUGAAGAGGCAACCAAUCCACUGCUAAUAAAAAGGAGGAAGAAAAAGUCCGCUGCUCUCUGAAAGAGUCACGCACAUACACACCACAGGUUGAGAGGAGAAAGCAAUAAUUUGUCGACACGAGUCGUACUGCAUGAGUUUCCUCAGUGUUUUACUUUUCUUGGCAAAUUCUAAAGUUUUCUAUAAGUGUUUUUGUUACUCGGCCAUUUUAACAAGUUCAUCACUCUGCUCCUUGCAGGGGGGGGGAUGAGCCAGUACAUGUUUUUUUUUUUUUUUUUUUUUUUUUACACCUGAAAAGAGAUUAUGAAAUUCAGAAAGAUGGAGGGAAAGCGGUGUUUUUGGGUCUCUCUCUCUCCUUCUCUUUUCAAGGUAUCAGGUUGUGUACUGAGAGGGGCUUGAGUGUUGGAACGAAACACGAAGCCUUAGCAUUAGAUGUAGUUAAAUUUUACCCCACAGCCCCCUUUCCUGUGAAUGUCGUAUCACGUAGCUAAUUCCCAAAAACAAAAACAGAAACAAGGGAAGGUUUCUCUCUGUGUACGUGCAAAGUAAGCAGAAGUAUUUAGAACUGACAAGAGGAAUGUAAAGACGCUGUCCCGGCCCGUGGCAAACGGGCAGGAAUACAGGCUGAUUUCUGGGAUUUGGACAGGAAGUGUUUGUCAGGUUCAGUUCGUCUGUAUGAAUGUUAAACUGAGGCCUAUGCACUCACACAAGGGAACUGUGCCACUGACGGAGCACCUCACUCGUAGCCCCUUCUCUCCUACCUAGAUAGGUGCUGGUCAGACAGAGGGAGAGCCAGGAAAGACACCCCCAGACCGACUCUUUCUUUCACAUGUAGCUCACUGGAGAGGAGGUAACACACGAUACUGUAUUUUUUCAAGGAUUUUUAUGACCGUUUUAGCCUAGGCCUUACUGAGUAUUGCUUAUUAGCAAAUAGCUUUUAACCCCCAUCUUAGCAUUUGGUUCAAGCUUUUUACCAACGUUGCCCUUCUGAUUUUGAGAAUACUGUCAGAUUUUAUUUCAGGUUAACGCUAUGCAGACGUGUUUGUGUCAGCUUGGGAUGCUGUUUUGUUUCGGUUACCUCUGAUUGCAAAUGUGUUGGGAAGAUGUUCUGCUUCAAUAGGAGGGAUUCAUUAAAGGAGCAGAUUUGUGUACAGUGUUAACUGGGCACCUGGAGGCUCUGUUAAGGGUGCCAUGAUUAAACUCAUCUGGUUUUAUGUCACCAUUCUCCAGCAGUUCUGCCCACUUCCUGAAGCACUGAGUUGUUUAGAAAGAACUAUGGUGCACAGUCUAAACCACCAGCAGGUUACCACACUCAGUCGUCUUUGUCAAGCUGCCAGUGCACUUCCUAACUCACUUGAGAUCAUAGAUCGAUCAUUUAGUCUUUUUGGUCUUUGUGAAAUCACACUCACGUCACCAUUUGUUAUCACAUCUUUAUAUCUCUCACAGUGGGAACGCUUUUUUUAUUUUUUUUUGAUUAUUUUGAGCGCUCCCCUCGUCACAUUUUUGCAGUGGAAGCACAGACGUGUCUGUCUUUACCCUCGUCUUUGAGUCUGUUCAGCUCCACCUCUGCCAUACUUUUUGUCUGCUUCAGCUUUGGAUUAAAAAAACACAUGUAAAACAAA